AUGAUUUUGCUGAAUGUGCUUCACUUUGAUCAUGCAAACAUCAAAAACAUCAGCAGCGAAGACGACUAUCCGAGCGAAUUAAAGAGUGGCAAUAUCACUGCAGCAUUCCCUGAACUCCCUUAUUCAAAGGCUUUUAUGAAUCAGUUUUGUGAGGGGUAUACUGUUGCCACACUCCCAGAUGGAGUUGUUCACAGAUUUGGAGGCUUUGGAUUUGUGAGUAGUAACUGCGGGCUUGGCAUGGUGUUAGAGUAUGUGUGGCUCAUAUUUUGCUAUGUGCAUAAUGGCAAGGAGGCAGAUGCCGGAGCGUAG